AUGUUUGGCCACUCAAUGGUAUGUACUGUUAUAAAAACGUUAUUGGAACUCUGCCCCUUUUUUUCGUUUUUUUUUGUUUGUUCGUUUGUUUGUUUUUUGUUUUAAAUUUAUUUAGGUUCUCGGGCCCCCUAACCGAGUCGAUCACGGGAAUACAAGUAUAUGUUAAUUACGAUAAAGACCCCAAGCCCAUCAUGCUUUGCGGUUGUUUCCUAAUGUCGCGCUCUUGCCGGUUUUUGAUAACAUAGAUAGCCUGAGAAUUUCAGGUUUUCUUAUUUUUAACUCUUUUCAAGUCUGGCUUCAAUGCAGUUAAAUCACAUAUUACGAAAACACUGAUACAGUUGAACCUCCAUAUGCGAACACCUCUCGUAAAAAACAACUACCUCUCGUAAAACUAAUCACCAUCCUUAAGCGACCGCGUUAGAGAGAUUUCCCAUUGUUUUUAACCUCCUAAAAAGCGACCCCUUAACGAUUUGUCUGGACUCUUAUGUUCGCUGUAUGCUACUAGGAGUAUACGAAGAACUUAAGUAACAAAAUGUAACUGACAAAGAAAUCGGUGCAGUAAAUUAUCUGCUUUAAAGUAGAUGUGCCAAGAAAUCUACUCCAAAGAAGUGUCGUAAGCGACUACCCUCUGUAAGUGACCACAAAGUCUUAGCCUUUACAGUGGUCGCCUACGGGAGGUUUGACUUCCCUUAAAAAUUUCAUGUUAUGAUAUUAUUAAUAUUAUGCAUUAUUCUUUUUAGGGUGGUACAAUAGCUGUUCUCAGUGUUAUGGAAAGACCUUAUUUCUUUGCGAAUGCUAUUUUUAGCGCACCAAGCAUAAAAGUGGAUGCCAAUCCUUGCACGGUAAUUUAUUGCUAAGCUUGCUACAAAUAAUAAACGAAAACACAAUGCAAUGACUGUUUCUCUUUUCUUAGGGUGCCGUCAAUGCAAAAACAGGAUACAGCAAACCCAAAACAGAAAAACACUACCAGAAAACAGAAGUACAAAUCCCAAAACAGAAAUAAACAUCCCAAAGCGGAAACACGUACAAAAAAAUACAAAACUGAACCACAAAACUGAAAGAGAAUUUAAAAAUACAAACCAUGAUCAAAAACCCCAAAACAGAAACAAGGAAAUAACUGGUAAAACAAUAGUUUCUCAUGAUUCAUCGUCUAUUAAUUAUCUUAACCCGCGAUCAGGCGGGGUUUUUUUAUAGGGAUGCAUGAUCACAGGCUAUAAUAGCCCAUUUCCGAGUUCCAAAAACUCUCUCUUUAAAAGCGAAGCUAAAGGUACAGUAAAACGGGCAACAAUUGCUGCAGAACGAGUCCGAAAGCGAUGCUGGGCGUUUUAUUGCCCAUAAAUCAAACCUGUCUUGCAGCAAAUAAGAUUCAGAGUUGCAAGUUGCGUAAAUACUGACUCCUGAUUGGAUAAAAUUACGCAGGAGUCACGCCAUACACAGGAGUUACAUCACUUGCUGCAAAACAAGUUUGCCUUGGGUCGGUAAUUAAAACGCGCAACAUUGACAGAUUUUGAUGCAAAAAGUAGAACUUCUCUCGAGUUUCUGGAACAACUUUUUCGCAACUUGUAUAAACCUGAUUUGCUGCAAGGGAGGCUUCAUUCGUGGGUAGUAAAAUGCGCAACAUCACUUUUCAACUAGUUUCCCAACAAUUUUGUAAAACAGGUUUCACGUUUUUGUUGUCCGUUUUACCAUAGCUUUAAUGCAGAGUGAGAUAAAACAGUUUUUAGAUGUGAAAUAUUUGCAGGGGCAGCAGUUUUUUUUAUAGUCAAUUCACAUGUUGUUUAAACAUACAUAUCUGAUUAAUUACUAGUCGAAACGAACUUUUUACAAAGUUCUAGUGGCGGAGGGAAGGGAAUAUGAUGAUUAUUUUAAUAGGAGAUUAUUUUAUCACGAGUCAAGUUUUUAACCUUGUCUUCUUGGGGGAGGUGCGAAAUUAAUACAGUAGUGAUUGGUCCAUAUACAAAAACGCAAAAAAAACAAACAAAAAGAACUUGGCCAAUAUUCAGCUAUCUGGACCUCACGCUUGGUUAAAAGAGACCUUUAGAUUCGAGGAUGAGAACUACUAGGAGUACGACUUUCGCUCUUCUCAAAAAGAAAAAUAGACACCCGGAAAGCUCCAUUGUACUUUUGAUUCACCACAAAAGUUAGCACUGUUACUUAUUGAAGGAGUUUAAGCCCUCUCCCGACCGAAAAUAAUAAAACUUAGCUUCUAACAUUUGAUAACUUGUUUUCGUCACAACGACAUUCUCGGCAAAACUCGUAGUAGAAUGACGACGGCUAUCACGUUUUCCCGCCAAAAUGACACUGGUUAAUGCGCGCGCACUGCUUAGCAUUAAGAAAAUCUCGUACUCGUAGUCGUCCUCGUCUUAAAAACUAAAGCUCUCAAAUAACGUAUAUAAUACAUGUAUCUUACAGGUUUGUGUAGGAAGAAUAGUAUCAUGGAUAAUGCCCUCGUACCAGAUCAGGCCACCGAUUGAUCCAUCACUCUUAAGCCAGGAUCCUACACAGGUGAUGCAAAACUACAGAGAAACUCAGCCGAGUUUACUUUCGCAAAGAGGUCUGGGAUUGUUACUAAGGACAGAGAAAAAGAUUGGCCAAUAGCUGACCGGCGUGACCCCAGUGACAAUCCAAGAAACAAUCGCGGGUCAAAUUUCUUCUCUAAUAAAAUUCCCUUCUCGUUUCUAAAAAGGCGAAUAACACAAUUGAAAACUGCUCUCUUUUCGUGAGUCAAAGGAGAGGGACUUUCGUAUGCAUUUUAUCCGCGUUUCCAAAAAAAGUUUCCACGACUUUCGAACAAUGCCGAAAAUAUUCAGGUUUGUCGAGGGUUAUUCUGUCCUGUUCAAUUGAUCAACCCUAAGAUUAUACCCCCGGUGGGGGAGGGCGGGGAGCUACUCAACAACGUUUUAUAUGGUAAGGCACCACCCCCUGACCUAACUCCUUACACAUUUAUCGUUGAAGGAGCUCGUCGUGUUUUUUAGGGUUGGAGCCUCCCCAUAAAAAAUUCAAUGUCACUCAGUUAUUUGCACAAUCCAUUUAGUAACCAAAGGUCUUACAACAAGUCGAAUUUCCUUGAGUACCAGGCGUCCCUCGCGCCUUCUACUCUCUCGCGCUUGACUUGUGGCAAGUCUAGGACUUCAAUAACACAAUGCACCUUGUUUAUUACUAUUGUUUUAGGUUGAAAAGUAUGCCAAUGAUAGCCUAAACUGGCAUGAGGGAAUGAAAGUUAGAUGGGCGGGAGCUAUAUUAGAUGCAAUGAAUGAAAUCCAGGGGAACUUUUCAAGGCUUACAACAUCUUAUCUACUUGUCCAUGGUGAUGGAGAUCAAUUAGUGAAGAUUGACGGUUCACGUUACUUACAUGAGAGUUCCCCAAGUAACGACAAGACAUUUAAGGUACACGAAUGAGCUGCUUUACUGACAGCACUGAGAGAACUAAUAGCCUCUCUAUGGGUAUUUCCGACGAAUAGUCAGGGCGCUUGACGGUAUAUCAUGAUGGCAGGAAGAUGCGGUCUUAAAACGGCGUUUUUUCAUGUGGUGAUAUUGUCCUGCCCGGGGUACGAGUUUCGGCCGCUUUGUUCCAAGCGUAAUUAUUGUAAACUUAUCCCAACAAAAGUCGUGAUUUGUCUAAACCCUUUUAACCCCAAGAGUGACCAAUAUCUAUUUUCUCGUAACAAUGUCACCACAUUUUCAAGGAAAAAGGUUAUGAGAAUGUAUAAAAUAAUCACCAAAGAGGAAAUUCUCGUCCCCAAACGGGUGUCUAAAGAAUAAUACAGAGUUUUCCCUCUUCGUCCAAUUUUCCGUCCCGUUGUCAUUUUUAAAUCUACCUAUUAUUAUUUCAUUAUAAACUCAACUGCGUGUAAAACUUGCUUUGCAGGUGUACAAAAAUGGACGCCAUGAACUUUUGAAUGAGGUGGAACAAACUGCGAGCGUGGUUUACAAGGACAUUCUUGACUGGAUUCAGCAAAAGCUACCUUGA